AUGAAGAAAAGCCUGAGCGCUCUAAUUCCCAAUAGUUUUAUAAAGAAAUAUUCAUUCAGACCACCAGAACCAGCAAAAUACGCUUUUGAGUUUAGAGAUAAGAAAUAUCAUUUUUUUCCAAUAAUAAAUGGAUAGAGGAAACAAAUAUUCAAUUAUUACUUACAAAUAGAUUCAUACGUACUCAAGAAUGAUAAAAUAUGCGUUCCAAUAAUACAUUUUUCAGGAUUGUAAAAUACGAAAACUGAAGUAUCACUAUCAAAAGAAUGCUUGUUUAGUUCUAAAUCGUUUUAGUGUGAUUUUGAGAAAUUAACCCAGAGGAACAGGACGUUAGUAAUAUUUUCUCAUGCUAAUGCCAGUGAUUUGGGAGAUGUCUAUUUUUUUGGUGAAAAAAUAAGUAUUGAAUAUGGGGUUGAUUUCAUUGCAUAUGAUUACACAGGUUAUGGGAUAGGAGUUGGAUAAUAUAAAGUUAGUGAAUAGCAAACUUAUGAUGAUUUGUAGAGUGUAGUAUCGUUUGCGAUUAACAAAUUGAACUACUCUCUGAAUUAGAUUAUAUUAUGGGGUUUUUCGUUGGGCUCAGGUCCUGCGACAGAAAUAGCCACUCGUUUUGGAGGGUUGGCAGGCUUGAUAUUGCAGGCUCCAAUAGCCUCGAUAUAUAGUUGGUUUGGAGAAGGGGAUUAUGGGAAUUAGGACAUGUACGUUAAUCAUAAGAAGAUUAAAAAUGUUCAAAGCAACAUAUUAAUAAUCCAUGGGGAUUAAGAUAAGAUUGUUGGUCAUUAGCAUAGUGAGAAAUUGUACAAUAAUUAUAUGCAACAUAAUGAUGGAGGGAAAAUUCAAUUUAUAUUGGUAAAGGAUGCUGGACAUAAUGAUCUAUAGUUUUAUAUUGAGAGAGGAGAAGAUGAUUUGGGGGCAUAGAUUCACAAUUUUUUGAGGAAGAAAGGAGGAGGAGCAUUUAGUGAAAUGGAGAAUAAAUUAUUGAAUUAAAGUUAUUUGAAGGAACACAUUCCUGGGUAAAAUAUUUACCAAUGCAAUUCAUUGAGAAAGUAUUCAUCUUCCUAAGAACUUCAGAUUAAGAAAGCACAUAGUUUCUUUUCUUUUUGUACUUGUGAUUGA